AUGCCAAAAGCGAAAGGAAAACAAAAACUGAAGAAAGGAACUAAGAGAAAAUCUGAGAAGGGCAAACGCAAAGGUCGUUCAUCUCGGCAGAAAAAGCCUAAACGUGAAAUUGAUAUUAUGAGCCUAUGUGCCAUGGAAAACUUAUACUACAUUGCUCACAAUGCACCAAGUGCUUUGAUGUAUCGUGGUUUUUGUUGGUCAAAGUUAAAACCAAAAGGAGUUGCAAAAAAUCCAGAUAAAUGCAUUCAAACUUACAAACUUGAAUAUCAUGAAGUACUAAUAUUUUUACAACCAAAAACGUGCAAAUAG